AUUUGUGCAAGACGUGAUUCCCGUCGCACCCAAAAAGCCGCCCGGUGAGAACAAGGCCGAGGCUGAGGAGCAUGAGGGGCAGCAGCAGAUUACGACAUACCAUCAACCCAAGAUGCUGGAGCUUGCCGUUGCCGCGCUACUUCUGUUUAUCGGACACUGGCUCAUGAAACGGAGAGAUCACUUCAAUUUCUUCAAGAAAUGCGGCAUCCCCGGUCCCCCGCCGAGCAUUAUUUUCGGCAACAUCCUGGAGAUGUACAGAAAGUCACCGACCAAGGCUUACCGCGAGUGGAUCGAGAAAUACGGCGAUGUUGUUGGGUACUUCAACGGCUACAGGCCUGUGGUGCUCGUAGCAGACUUGGACUUACUCAGGAACAUUCAGGUUAAAGACUUCCAAGACUUCACGGACCGAGCUCUCCUGUUUCAGGCUAAGCGACCUCCGAGUCCUCAAAACAAGGGCCUCCUACAGCUCACCUCAACCCGUUGGAAGGAAGUGCGCAGCGUGCUCACCCCUUCGUUCACUACAAGCAAGCUCAAAAUGAUGUCUCCGGGCAUCAUAUCAGCCGUGGAAAAGCUGGUCUCCAAGGUGGGCCGCAAGGCAGCGACCGGAGAGGAGUUCGAGGCCGGCGAGAUGUACGCUGCCCUCGCCCUGGAUGUGAUCUGCAAGAGCGCCAUGGGCAUCGACUACAACCUGCAGGACCAACCGCGUCACGGCUUUCUCAUCUUCUGUCGAAUGCUGUUCGGAUGCGCCUUCUCCUUCAUUGCCGUGAUUCUUAGUGCGUUUCCAUCCUGGGAGUCGGGCCUGAGAUUCAUCAAUUCCCGCUGGCUCCGAUACCAGAACGGCGGUGUCCAUCCUUUCAUCGACGUGCAAGAGAAGUGCAAGCGCAUCGUCACGCAACGCCAACAGGACUCCUCGCUUCGCCAAAAGGAUCUGCUGCAGCUGAUGAUAGACGCAAAGGAUGCGCAAGUCGACCUGGACACCGUCACCUCGGCUCAACUAACAGCCGCAGAAGACAAUGACCGGGAACUACAGGACAAGGCGGCCGGAGGAGGGGCCAGACGUGACCUCUCUGUCUUCAACAAGGCCGUAUUGGACGAUGACGACAUCACGCAGAACGCUUUCGUCGUUCUUGUCGGAGGGUUCGAGACCACGAGCAACGCAAUGGCCCUGGUGACGCAUAUGCUCGUACAUCGCCCAGAAGUGCAAGAGAAAGUGCGGGAAGAGCUGCUCUCAGUCGUGGGACCCGACGAGGCAAUCACCUACAACACCAUUCAGAGCCUGCCCUACAUGAACAGCGUCAUUCAAGAGACCAUGAGGCUUUACCCUCCGGCGUUCGCGAUCGUCACUCGUGAGGCAGUCGUCGACAAACAGUACGGCAAGUUUCGCAUUCCCGCCGGCACUGCCAUCAUGGCGGCAGCAGAGUACAUCCACAGGGACCCCCGGCACUGGGAUAACCCUGACCAAUUCGACCCAGAAAGAUUCCUGCCUGAGAACAAGUCGAAGAUCAACACCAUGGCCAUGCAGGCCUUCGGAAACGGCCCCCGCAACUGCAUAGGGAUGCGCUUCGCACACAUGGAGCUGCGGUACACAUUUGCUCACAUACUGCAGAAGUACCGGCUGGAGAAGACUGAAAACAGCGAGAAGGAUCCACCAAACAUCGAUAUGAAUCCUCUCGUACUGAAGAUCAAGAAGGGCGUCAUAGUGAGGGCGGUGCCGCUAAAAGACCACGGCACUUCUACGAAGUGACAUGCAACAGAGCAUUCUUUGUACGCUGAUAGUCGUACGUUGAUAAUUUUGGGGGGCCUAACUAUUUAUUCGACAUCAAGAUGGAACGACACCGGCGUCCUACGGGCGUCUAACGAAACCCCUCGGGAGGUACGAAAAUGAUGACGCCACGUGGGGGAGCUAACGAAGGUUUGCCUCAUACAGGCCGUGAUUGACUCGCGUGCGUUGCUGCUGCGUAUCUGCUGCUGCUAUACUAUCCCUGGUACUUUAUCAGUCAGGCGCGAGGGUAUGUACGUGUGCUGAUAUAAGAUUGGAAGGAGGAGUAUCGAGGUUGAGCUUCGCGGGCGAGUCGUGUGGCGUGGUUACUUAUUUUGUUUCAGAACAGAUGUACUAAGCCGACCGAAUUGGCACGACUGCAUGGUUAAGCUAAAGCGCUCAGAAAAAGGGAACCUCGUCACGUCGUUUGUUCGCUCAUUUCGUCCUCCUGCUUAAAUCGGUGACUGCAAUGCGGACAUUUUUUACUCCCAUAUAUAAACAGCCGUUACUCUUUUUAAUGGACGCGCGUUAUUAAAGGAAUAAUCAAACCGCUUUCGCCAUUCAACGAAAAAAUGUGCUCACCAACUGCUAGCUUGAAGCUGCGGAUAUACUAGUCAGCUUGACGUUCCCGGCAUGCUGCUCCGUGCAACAAUGAGCGACCUAAUAAAGUUUAUUUCAAAGUUGUU